AUGGCUGACCAGCUGGCGGAGAUGGGAGAAAGGCUCAAAAAACUGGAUUACCAUAUCGCACAGCAACAAUCUAGUCAGUUGCGGACUCUUUCAGACACCACAAUGUCAAUUCUUUCACCACUGCGUGCCAGCACCCAGGCCAUUGACAACGUGUUUGCGGGCACUUCGCCAUCUCAAAACUUAGAGAGUAUACUGUUCCAUGCUCCUGAGUCGGCUUUAUGCCCAAGUGAUAAUCAGGGAAUCUCUGUGGAGAUACAUACUGGUGUUGAAAAUGACGGAGGUCACAUAUCCGUGUACGGCCCCAGCUCAACAUUCAACCCGCCUCUCUCACAUGCCUCCCACCACCACCAGUCGCGUUCGCCUGGUCGAGCAACUAGAUCUUCUCGGAAUACGCCAGGGUUAUCUCAGAAUAACAUAGACGACAUAGCCGCAGAGAAAGCCCGUCUAUUUGCCAAUUCGGCACUCCAGUUCCAGAAGGAAUGGACGUAUAUGACCGAACGAAAGUUCGACCUGGACGGUUUGGACUUCGAUACAGCCUGGAAUCUACUCCAGCUCCACUGGAAUCAUCAUCAUCAAGCAUACUUGAUCACCUACAGGCCCGCAAUAAUGCACAGCCUUGCAACAAAUGGGCCAUAUGUUAACAAACUCCUCCUGAACGCCAUCUUCUUGGCAUCUGCGCUCAUUAUAGAUCGCGAGGAGUUAAACGACGGCUCAACCAGCAGGCAGUCACUCAUUGCGAGGUUCUUCUCUCGCAUCCAGCAGCUCACCGUUGCUGAGCUUGAAAGAUCAAGCGUUGCAAGUGCAGUUGCUUUCAACAUCAUCAGCUCCAGCUUAGUCUCGCGUGGCUAUCAAACAGCUGGCUGGCAUUACUCAGGCCUGGGUUUUACAGAAGUCGACCGGGAGUUGCACCGCCGUGUGUAUUGGGGCGCGUACAUAAACGACAAGUUCCAGUCUUUAUAUUUUGGGCGCCAGCCAGCUCUCAUGGCAAGUGGUGCCGAGCCGUCAAGAGAAUGUCUUGAUACCUUUGAGGAACUGGAGUUGUGGGAGCCCUAUGUGGAUUCUACUUCCGCCGUCUCACCAUCUACUUAUGAGCCCCAACCAGCCUACACCGUGUCCACAUUCCACUCAUUCAUAUGCCUAGCCGACAUCAUGGCUGGAAUUUUGACGAGCCUAUACUCGCCGCAGGUGCAGUCUCAGUCCAAGGAUAGAAUACUGGAGAGCACUGAAGAGCUGCAGAAACGCCUAGAGCUGUGGGAAUUAAAUCUCCCAACGCAUCUCCAAUACGAACCCUCUUGGGGAAAAGCACCUCCAGCCCAUCGCUUCAACCCACCGUUCGUAUCCCUCUCAAUAUGCCAGUACUAUCAGAACCCGAACUCAUACAUUGUGAAUUAUAGAAUGACGUUUCACAUGCUCCAUAUCCUCCUCCACCGCCCCUUUCUACAAGGAGGGCACCUCUGGCAUCUAAGGAACAUGAACAACAACGCGCAUAGCGAAAUCUGCCUCUCCUCUGCUAUACAGAUUUACGAACUGGCAAAAGUUUACCGCGACAGCUUCACCCUUCGACGAGCAACCUAUAUGUUCUCCUACUGCCUCAUAUGCGCGGCCUCGGUAAUCCCAUUUGCAGCGUCGGAUCCAGACGAUCCGUCGCAACGGCAUAUGACAGGGUGGUUCUGGAUUGCGCUCAAGGAGCUGCAAAACGGAGCUAAUUUUGGGAUGAGACGUCCGAUCAUGAUUAUCAGGUCGCUGAUUGAGCACGCAGGGCUGGAUUUGGAUAGUAUACUUGCGCAGACGACUGGCCUGGGAACAGGGACAAGGCCUGUGUAUGGUACAAAGUCUCAUCUGGACCAUGGCUACAUCCACGUUCCGGGUGUAGAAGAUGAGAGUGGCUUACCGCCAGCUCAAGGUCUGGAUCCGGAUGCGCAGGUGGAUGUGCUGGAGGAUCGUGAUUUUCAGCGCCUGUGUCAGGAUCUCUUCUCGAGAGACAUUGAUGGCCGCGCGGCUCCGCAAGAGAACGGCUUUUAUGAGGAUGCAUUGCUUUAUGGGUUAUUUAGACAGACAUAA